AUGUUUUCCGGUCAAAUACUCACUGAGCCCAUAGUUGAAGACUUUCAGCAAGGUUACCCGCGGCUGGCUGCUUUCAUCAAUAGUGAUAGAGAUUUCGUGGUCUUUCGGAGAUUUGGGCAAUUGCACGUCCGUUUUCUCUUGGAUAUGCAGGACGAGCUUGCAGAACUAGAGCAACAGCUUCAUGAGCUGGACCAGCAAGACACAUUUUCGUUCAAUCUAAAUUCAAGGCGUCAAGAUAAAAAUGCGGCACGUAAGGUGCUUCUAGAAGAGAUGGGGAAUAAAUUGUACGUAUACGAUAAAGGUCUGGAGGCUUAUUACCGACAUAUCGAGCGGCUUCCGUCAAAACGUACUCACGUUGAGAGCGUCGUCAACUGGAUGAAGGGAAACAAGCCACUAGUUGCAGAGGAGUCCGAGUUUCUAAACACUUGGGACGACCUCAUAUCGCCGAGAGAACGAGCAGACUAUGGUGGUUUGGAUAUCUUCAUCAGUGGAUGUGCAUCCCAUACUCAUAAAUCAAAUGACAAACACGUCAUCAUGGUGAACACAUCUUACACACUUGUCAUCGCCCGAUUACUCGCCACUUUCAUGGCAAUCGCUAUUCUGACUAUACCCAUUGCAGUCUUGUAUAGAGUCAGCAACAUGUCUGGGAGACUCUGGAUCAUUGGUAUAUUCACAGGUCUUUUCUCUUCUGUUCUCUCUAUCUUCACUCAGUCUCGGAACUAUGAGAUCUUCUCGGCUACCGCAGCAUAUUGCGCAGUUAUGGUUGUGUUUGUGGGAAAUGUCCAAUAG